CUAACAGAAACAGAGAGCAAUUGACAAAAUGGCGUCCGAAAGCUUGGCGGCGGUACGUGGUGUUGCAGUGAAAAAACAUUGAAAAAAUCGGAUUUACAAACUGAAAAAAAUGCGCCCCCGUUACGUUUGAUACCGUGCCCCGUUGUUUGUAGUUUUUGUGCGCGACAAUGACGGCCAACAUGUACCGAAUCGGAGAUUACGUGUAUUUUGAGGCGUCUUCGACGUCGCCUUAUCAAAUUCGACGAAUUGAGGAACUGAACAAAACUCCUUCGGGUAAUGUGGAAGCCAAAGUGAUGUGUUUUUACAGGAGGAGGGACCUACCAUCUCCAUUAAUACAGCUCGCAGAUAAACACCAAUGUGCCUUAGACGAACCGAACGGUAGUCCUGUAUCCGAUUCUUCAAGAUCCAGUGAACAACUUGGUCCCAAGCAGCGACAUCAAAUGAAACACCGAGAACUGUUCCUUUCUAGACAGGUGGAAACGCUCCCAGCCACCCACAUCCGCGGCAAGUGCUCCGUCACCCUCUUCAACGAAACCGAGGCCCUCUCCUCGUACCUCAACAAGGACGACAUGUUCUUCUACUGCCUGGUGUACGACCCCACCCAAAAAACUCUCCUGGCCGACAAGGGCGAGAUCCGCGUCGGCAGCCGCUACCAGUGCGACAUCCAAUCCCUGCUUCGCGACGGCGAGCCCGAUCCCCGCGACCUCACCGAGACCGAAUCCCUAGUGUGGACGCCGCACCACCAGCUCAGCGACCGCCAAAUAGACCAGUUCCUCGUGGUGUCGCGAUCGGUGGGAACGUUCGCGCGCGCCCUGGACUGCAGCAGCAGCGUGAAGCAGCCCUCGCUGCACAUGAGCGCCGCGGCGGCCAGCAGGGACAUCACGCUGUUCCACGCGAUGGACACGCUGCACCGGCACGAGUACGACCUCUCUGGGGCGCUGGGCUCGCUGGUGCCGUCGAGCGGACCGGUGCUGUGCCGCGACGAGAUGGAGGAGUGGAGCGCCUCGGAGGCGAAUCUGUUCGAGGAGGCGCUGGACAAGUACGGCAAGGACUUUAACGAUAUCCGGCAGGAUUUCUUGCCGUGGAAGACGCUGAAGAAUAUUAUUGAAUAUUAUUAUAUGUGGAAGACGACUGAUAGGUAUGUUCAACAAAAAAGAGUGAAGGCUGUCGAAGCAGAAUCGAAACUUAAGCAAGUCUACAUUCCUAACUACAACAAGCCCAAUCCUGCGGCACUUAACAAUAACAAGGGCGUUUUGAAUGGCAGUAGUAACGGUAGUACGGAUCCUGCGGUAUCUUUAGGUGGCAAGGCGUGUGAAUCCUGUAAUGUAACAAUAUCAUCCCAAUGGUACGCGUGGGGUCCUUCGCAUAUGCAGUGCCGUCUCUGCCAGCAGUGUUGGUCCUACUGGAAGAAAUACGGCGGUCUCAAGAUACCAACCAGGUUUGGAGAUGGAGCCGAUUUCGAGAAUUGCGGGAAGAAGCGCUCGGGCAGCGACGGGGAAGAUGACAAAGGAAUGGGACACAGGCCCCAUCGGUGUAAUAUCGGCGGAUGUGGAAAAGAAUUCAAAUUAAAGGCUCACCUGGGCCGUCACUACGCCACCGCUCACGGGAUAACAGUGCGGGCGGGCUCGCCUCGGCCUGUCAUGAAAACGCGCACCGCUUUCUAUUUGCUCACCACGCCGUUGACGCGGCUGUCUAGGCGGCUGUGCCGCCAGAUCAUGCGGCCGAGGCACGCGGCCAGGGCGCCCUUCUUCGCCAUCAACAUACAGGCGGUCAAGCAGGAGUGCACGACACAAAUGGUAAGUUCAAAAGGGAUAUAUUUGGAGAUAUUUACAUUAGACAUAAAUCCAUUUCUUUGUCCAGGUUCCUCCUUGAACGCGCCCUCGGCCAAACGCAUGACCAAGGAACCCAUCUCCCUGACGCGGCAUCCGACCGUACCCUCCAUCAUGCCCGGCGGCGGCGUCACGGCUGCCGCACCCGCGCCCUUGCCCACUCCCCUCCCGCUGCCUCUAACCGUGCCGUCCACGCCCGAGCAGUACCAGGCGAUGAUGGCGGCUGCAGCGGCCGCACAGGCGCAGAUCUCGCCCGUGCCGGGGCCCGGCCCGGUGCCCGCGGUCGUACCGUCGCCGAUGCCGCGCCACGUGGCCCACGUCAACGGCAAACCGAAGAUAGCUCAGAUGACGCGAGGAGCGGGCAGGAAGCAGGUGAUCAGCUGGAUGGACGCGCCGGAUGAUUUGUACUUUCGGGCUACCGAUCAGUCUAAGAAAAUGAGACGCCAAAUAACGCUGCCCGAGCUGCGGCGAGCCGCGAGGAAGCCGUGGCGCCCCCUCAAAACCAAAGCGGACGAUCCACAAGUGGUCGUUCUCGAUUGACGUUAAGCGCACUCGCCCCACCCUAUAUUCAGAUUCUUCGCCCCCCACUAAUAACGAAAUCUUAUUGUACACACAACUUGAAGCGCAACGCUCGUUACUGCCUGUCCUCAUGUCCUACCCCCACCAUGUUAAAUGUCCGCAAAAAAGACUGCGAGGAUCAAAUGCGAUUUUUUUAGGUUACCGGAAAAAAAUCCGAUUUGAUGCAGCCUUUUCUGCCGACCCUGUAUACAUAGUCACUCCCCGUACUCGUUAAUAUCAUCCCGUCACACUUAACCUACACGUUUUCUAAACGUACAAAAUCUGCGAGUGUUGAAUUCGUGUCGUCGCGCGUGAAACAGUGCGCGCUCUUGGAUUGUUGGCCUUCGAUACAGACAGAUGUAAAAUUUUAACGUUAAUUUGUGUUUUUAACCGCUCAAAAUUAGUUAAUUUUAAAUAAGCGACAAUCCAAAGAAGAAAGUAAUUGUCCUCCCCCCGUAUUUUUUCGCAGAAGAAACCUUUUGUUACUUUUGUACAGUACCUGGUAACAGUCGCCGCGGUUUUGUAGGUGUUUGAUCGUUGGUCCGGCAAACACAAGGAUCUCUGCUGCUGGCGUCCUCUAUGUGUUGUGGCGUUAACUAGAAACAGUCGCGAUGGACUUUGUUUAUGGAGUAAGCGCCCACCCUCUCCCCGUGAUGGUGAAAGUACUAGUGAAAAAUGUCGCGAACGCGUUUUAGCAAUAUUUUAACGUAUUGUAAAACUGGAGAAAGCAAGAAAGACACUUGGACAAAAGAUAUUUGUGAUCUAAGUGAUAAGCACACUUUUUUUUGUUUCAUCGACUAAAUUAAUGCAAACUUUUAAUUCAUUUUUUAUUUAUUAAGUAUAUUGUACAAUAAAACGUAUACAUACGAAUUGUGUUCUUUUUUUGGUAGGUUUAUGGUAUAUUAUUGUUAGCCUGAAAUGUUUUUGACCAAAAAUGUCUAUAACUGAGUAUUCUCUCAUUACCAGUUACAGAAUUUUAGUUACACUCAUCAGAAAUUUUUGGAUGGUGGGAUUUAAAGGUCUUGACAGAAAAAAACUAAACUACAUGUGUAAAUUUCAGCAUCACACAAUUUAACUAUAAAUUUGACAACCCUUCCUUCAAGUUUUUCCAAAUUAGUAUUAUAUGGUGCUUCCUCAAAACCACAGACAAUCUACAAGUGGACGUUCUCGAUUGACGUUAAGCAUACCCGCUCCACCCUCUCUUCAGAUUGUUCUUCGCCCACUAAUAACGAAAUCUUAUUGUACACUCAACUUGACGCGCAACGCUCAUUACUGCCUGUCCUCAUGUUGCUACCCCCACCAUUUUAAAUGUCCGUCUACUUACAAUGUCCGCAAAAAAGAUUGCGAGAAUCAAAUGCGAUUUUUUUUUAUGUUACCGAAUAAAAAAAUCCGAUUUGGUGCAGCCUUUUAUGCCGACCCUGUAUACAUAAUCACACCCCGUACUCGUUAAUAUCAUCCCGUCACCCUUAACCUACAUGUUUUCUAAACGUACAAAAUCUGCGAGUGUUGAAUUCGUGUCGUCGCGCGUGAAACAGUGCGCGCUCUUGGAUUGUUGGCCUUCGAUACAGACAGAUGUAAAAUUUUAACGUUAAUUUGUGUUUUUAACCGCUCAAAAUUAGUUAAUUUUAAAUAAGCGACAAUCCAAAGAAGAAAGUAAUUGUCCUCCCCCCGUAUUUUUUCGCAAAAGAAACCUUUUAUUACUUUUGUACAGUACCUGGUAACAUUCGCCGCGGUUUUGUAGGUGUUUGAUCGUUGGUCCGGCAAACACAAGGAUCUCUGCUGCUGGCGUCCUCUAUGUGUUGUGGCGUUAACUAGAAACAGUCGCGAUGGACUUUGUUUAUGUAGUAAGCGCCCGCCCUCUUCCCGUGAUGGUGAAAGUACUAGUGAAAAAUGUCGCGAACGCGUUUUAGCAAUAUUUUAACGUAUUGUAAAACUGGAGAAAGCAAGAAAGACACUUGGACAAAAGAUAUUUGUGAUCUAAGUGAUAAGCACACUUUUUUUUGUUUCAUCGACUAAAUUAAUGCAAACUUUUAAUUCAUUUUUUAUUUAUUAAGUAUAUUGUACAAUAAAACGUAUACAUACGAAU